CAGUUGAAUAGCAGAACAGCACAGUUUUACUAUUCAGUACACAGUCAACUCCUAUAGUGUAUGACAGCUUUGAGAUGAAUGUUAUUGAAGAAAGCUGCUGUUUAUUCCAUCGGCAGGAAAAGAAAUCACUUGAGUUGCAAUCAGUGAGCAUGCAAAGUGAGUUCGGCGAUUAUAAUUUAAAGGAAAAGGAAAAUGUUGGGAUGUAAAAUUGUGUCCCUGAGAAAAUGCAGCAGCAUUCCAUGUCAUAGGAAGCUGAGGAACUUUUACUCCAGGGAGAAUGGAAUGGAUAACUUGGAAUACUGGAUUUGCUUUAAAUUAGAUAGUUAAGAAAUUAAGGGAAAUACCACGGCACAGUCAUGCGUCGCUUUGACAAGCUGAAGAGAUCCAUUCCUUUUCUGGCACGUUUUCAUGUUUAUAAAAAGCUCAGUGGGAGCAUGCAGUCGGAUGAGGGAACAGAGUGGCUUCUUGAACUCCUCACAGAGGUGCAGUUGCAACAGUAUUUCCUUCGCAUCCGUGAUGAUCUCAAUGUUACUCGGCUCUCUCACUUUGACUAUGUGAAAAAUGAGGAUCUUGAAAAAAUUGGAAUGGGCCGUCCUGGCCAGAGGCGACUAUGGGAAGCUGUAAAACGAAGGCGGGCCAUUUGCAAGCGCAAAUCCUGGAUGAGCAAGGUGUUUAGUGGAAAGCGACCAGAGUCAGAAUUCCAGCCUCAGCCAGGAACAACAUUUCGCAAAUUACCAACUCCUCCACCACCACAGCCACCUGAAGGAAAUCAGUCACUGACCUGUUUGAUUAGUGAGAAAGAUCUAACACUUCAUGAGAAACUGGGCGAUGGAUCCUUUGGGGUAGUCAGACGGGGUGACUGGCAGUCACCUUCUGGUAAAGUUAUGAACGUGGCUGUGAAGUGCUUGAAAACAGAUGUAUUAAAUCAACCCGAUGCACUAGAUGAUUUUAUACGAGAAGUCAAUGCCAUGCAUUUUCUGGAUCAUCUCAAUCUUAUCCGUCUAUAUGGUGUAGUUCUAACCCAUCCAAUGAAAAUGGUUACUGAAUUGGCUCCACUUGGUUCUUUACUGGAUCGCCUGAGAAAAAACCAGGGCUACUUUCUCAUUUCAACACUAUGCCAGUAUGCAGUACAGAUAGCAAAUGGCAUGGCUUACCUCGAGUCUAAACGCUUCAUUCAUCGAGACCUGGCAGCUAGAAAUAUCUUACUGGCCUCAAAUGAGUUGGUGAAAAUUGGAGAUUUUGGACUCAUGAGAGCUCUUCCACAAAACGAUGAUCAUUAUGUCAUGCAGGAACAUCGCAAGGUUCCUUUUGCCUGGUGUGCUCCUGAAAGUCUGAAAACUCGAACAUUCUCACAUGCCAGUGAUACCUGGAUGUUUGGUGUCACUCUGUGGGAGAUGUACACAUAUGGUCAAGAGCCUUGGGUAGGCCUCAAUGGGAGUCAGAUUUUGCAUAAAAUUGAUAAAGAGGGUGAGCGGUUGCAAAGGCCUGAAGACUGUCCACAGGAUAUUUAUAAUGUGAUGCUUCAGUGCUGGGCGCACAAACCUGAGGACAGACCAACAUUCGUGGCACUCCGAGAUUUUCUGAUUGAGGCACAGCCUACGGACAUGCGAGCGCUGCAGGACUUCAGUGAACUAGACAAACUGCAGAUUCAGAUGAAUGAUGUUAUCACAGUCAUCGAGGGCAGGGCUGAAAAUUAUUGGUGGAGAGGUCAGAACAAGCGCACACUGAAGGUGGGACAGUUCCCACGAAAUACAGUGACUUCCGUCGCAGGCCUUUCAGCCCAUGACAUCAGCCAUCCACUCAAGAACAGCUUUAUUCACACGGGGCAUGGAGAUACCAAACUUGAGCGUUGCUGGGGCUUUCCUGACAAAAUAGAUGAAUUGUACCUGGGCAAUCCUAUGGAUCCUCCAGAUGUACUUGGACUGGAUAUGAAGCUGACCAGGCCAACACAGCUACCAGGAAGAUCAAAGAGGCCUGCACCCUCCAUGAUUGUCCUAAGUGCUACACCUGCUCCCUCACCUCCAUUCAGGGCCCAAACAGUCCUUCCAGAACCUGUCUAUGACCCUGUGAUUGAGGAGGAAACUGUAGGUUCUUUACCUCUAAAAAAGCUCAGCCUCAAGAAACAGGGCCCAGCAAAGUCUUUAAAACUGAACAAACCUGCUGCGCGUGUUUCUGCCACAAAGCUAGGUGAGAAGCCAUCAGAAUGGAGUAAAUCCUUGGGUCAUACAAACAAUGAGGUGGCUCUGAUUGAUUUUGGGGAUGAUCAGACUGGUCACACUCCAUCCCCAGUACUGGAAAAUACUAUUCCUACACUGGCUAAGCUAGUAUUGAAUUCGUACUCACUGCUGGACAAGACACCACCUCAGAGUCCAACCAGAACUCUGCCUAGACCUUUGCAUCCUGUUCCUAUAGUUGACUGGGAUUCUAAACCCUUGCCUCCACCUCCAGCCUAUGAUGAUGUUGCUCAGGAUGAAGAUGAUUUUGAAGUUUCGUCCAUUAAUAGUUUGGAUACUGAAUUAAUUGGUGAACGGUCAAAAUACGGAACGCUUCAAUUGCCAAGAAAUCAAGAAUCGGGAGAAACUAAUUAUGCAUUUGUGCAUGAUACAGAUGGAAAAGGGAAAUCCAAAGUGGAGGAUAAUCUAUUCCUUCCCCCAAAGCAGAUGAAGCAAACUAACUUUUCUCAGUCAGCUGAAAUAUUUGAGGAACUACAACAAGAAUGCAUGAAAAGACUUAAUGUUCCUAUUAUUUCAACUCCAGCCUCCUCACCAACUCCCAUCUCUUUGUCAGCAACUGUAUCUCCAUCUACUUCAGAUGAUAAACCUCAGAUCCCACCACGGAUUCCCAUUCCUCCACGGCCUUUAAGAAGAAAUGAGCCGGGCCGUUGGUCUGGUGAGUUGUCACCUGCUUCUGGAGGAGAAGAGGAUAAGCCUCCACAGAUUCCUCCCAGGGAUCCAUUGUCCCAGCCAUCCUCAAGAACUCCAAGCCCUAUGGCAAUUCCAGCUAGUUCUCCACAGCAAAGGACAACUGCAGCUUCCAUGGCAACAUUAACUGUGGGUGCAUAUCUCUCAACAUCUCCUAGCAAGUUAAUGCCCACCACUCAGAGUUUUGCCUCUGAUCCAAAAUAUGCUUCACCAAAAGUUAUUCAAGCACAAGGAAAAGAUACCUCUAAAGGACCUUGUAUCUUGCCAAUAGUAAAGGAUGGCAAGAAGGUUAGCAACACCCAUUAUUAUUUGCUUCCAGAGAGACCUUCUUACUUAGAUAAAUAUGAAAAAUUUUUCAAAGAGGCUGAAUGUGUGGAUGACCUCUGUUCCAAAAGAUCUGUGACUACAGCAACAGUGAGGCCAAUGGUUCAACAUCCUGAAUACAAGGCCAACUUUUCAUCCAACAAUAGCAAUACAUGUGCUGGGCUUACAGCAAUGAAAAGUUCUCAUAGUCUACAAAAAAUCUCUUUUGAGAGUUCCAGUGGGAAGACAGACUGUUUUACUCCAACAGAGAAAAUUAAAAUUGUUCAGGAGAAUGUUCAUGGCGUUACGAUGGAGGAAUGUCAGACCGCACUUCAGAACCACACCUGGAACGUUCAAAAAGCCAUACAGUACCUCAAGGUUGAGCAACUAUUCUGUCUCGGGUUGAAGACAAGAAGUGAAUGUCAGAAGAUCCUAGAAAUGUUUGACUGGAAUCUGGAAUUAGCCAGUUGCCACCUGCUAGACACGUACAGUGCAGCUCGACAUAGGCGAUGACAGGCUUCACAGUGGAGGAAAAGAACUUGUCACACAUUGGAUAAUUGCUCCGAUGUUUUCAGAAUUGUGGAAACAGUUGUUCACUGGACAGAGUUUUCAGAUCAUUUUCUGUGAAGCAAAGAAUAUUCAAAUGACUGUCUUAACUAACUCUGGCACAAUUUGUGCCUUGUGGUCCUGCUGGUAGGUGGGAUUCCACUUCUCGAUAGCAGUAUUCUUCAAAAGCAACAGGUUGUUUGUUCUUGGUGAAAAGAUAAUUGUAAUUUUGUGGCAUACAGUAAUCCCAACAGCCUUCUGUAUAUAAAUAUAAAAUAUAUAUAAUAUAAAUUUUAUUUGACAAGUUGAUCAUAGAUUGCAGUUGUGUUUAUAUUUUGCAUUGAAUUUGUCACAUUGAUGUUCUAAUAAUUAUUUAAGUUGUUUUCCUAAGAGACGUUUGAAUGAGUUUAACAUUCUGAAUUUCCUAUCCAGGUAAAGAUUAGCCAUUUUAGAUUUCUUCAAGAAUGCAGUUUUUGAAAGUUUAUUAGCAUGACCUUUCACUGAUUAAGACCUGGUAUUAAGUUAGUCAUGUUAAAUCUGUCAAAGUACUUGUCCUCUUCUGUAAUAUGGUAGAUUUAAGUGCCCCCUGCCUGUAGUGCGGUUCUCAUCAAAUUAAGAACACAUAUUGAGUUUUGGGAUUGACCAUAAUCUUUAUCACUAUGAGCACAAGGUUUAAGAUUGCUGAAAUUGUAACAUAAUACCCCGGAUACCUUGAUAUACGCUCAUUUUCAAAUAAAGUCCUGAUGAGCUCUGUUAGUUCACUAUGUGAAGAAUAGUUAUUGCCAAUUGAAAAACAAGUAAUGAAUCGAAAAGAGGAAUGGAUUCAAGUUGUGUGGCCGCUACAGAAAUUAAGCUACUUUCUAAACUAUGGUCUUGCAAAUGUAAAAACUGCUUGGGAUUAUAUAUUGAUACUGGAUUUUACUGGAUUGCCCACUAGGAUAAGAUGAUAUAGCACAAAAAUGAGGAACAUUGGGGUGUGUGAAUUAGGUGGUAAUAGAUUUUAUCCAUUUUGCAAAUAAAUUGAAGAUGUUUAAAUUGAUGAUAACCAAGUUUGGGGAGAAUUGUAGCAUCUGAUCAUACUGUAAAAUGUAUUUUUUUUCCUAAAAACAAUGUCAUUGUGGUGAUAAUUUGACACUCUACAAAAUACAAAUGAAAUGUUUUUUUUAUUAUGGAUCCAUUUCUGUAUACCUCUUUGGGUUUCAGUGUUAACAAAUCAGUCAUCUAGUCCUUUCACAUAGAUUAAGUGGCUUGUUGCCAGUAGUUUGUAGUUUACAUUAAUUAUUCAAAAUAAUCUUUACAUUUUGAGAUGAGCUUCAUAUCCAUUAUCUCAUUUAAAGCCUUCUGCUUUUAUCUUUGGAAUUGCCCAUUCUGACUGUCUAAUCCUGAAUCUUUUCUAUGUGGUUGCCAUUUCUGGUCAUGGAUACUUUAGCACUCAUUAACCUCCCAUAUACCUAUUUUCCAAACUACAAUGAAUUUCAAACUCUGCUAUUAGUAUUCUAUCUUCCACACAUCUGAUUCAUAUGCUAUGUGCCAACUUUGUCCUUUCUUCCAGUAUAACUGUCAUUCAUAAGGUUCCUUUAAUCUAUUAGGCUUUCAGUAUUAUUCUACUCUAUUUUUUAUUUUAAAAAAUAUGAAGCAGCUUUAAUUAUUUCUCCUCAGGAUCCAGAUUACAAUCAGUGCUUUAGCACCCUCUAUAAAUAUUACAAUAACAAAGGGUUUUAUGGAAUUUCCCCAGUGUUUAAAUUUGAUAGCUGUACCAAAUUAAAAAGGUGGAUAAUUAAGACAGACCUUAAUUCUGGACUAUAUAACUUGGGAUCAUUAUCCACUGUUAGGAAACUAUUAAGAACCAGUCUGUUCAUCAGGCUCCUGUUUUGAAACUCAGUGAUUGAAAUAAGAAAUUGGAUGGAUCAUUCUCGAGACUUUUUCAGGUUCCAAUGCUUGUCUGCCAGGUUCUACUCAUAGCUGAAAGAUCAGAAGAAAAACAGACUUCUACUGAACUUUUACUUUGAGUUUGUUUCAGUCCAUUCCAGAUGGUAGCUGGACCAAAAUGUCAAUUCCAUUGUAACACAACAUUAAGCCUGGAGGAUGGCUAAUCUAUCUGCAGAUUUCUGACCAUGUUCUCUGAUUAGUCCAGUGUCACACUUUGGUAAAAGUGGGUGCAUUAUCUGCAAGUCUGAACAAAUUUUAGAAUAGUUUAUAAAUGGAGACUAUGUGGUAAUCUAUUCUUCCUGAGGACUACAGUAACACUUGUUCAUCGGAAACAAAAUUAGAACAACAUUGCAUCCUUAUUUAUUCAAAUAUGUUAUUUAUUACAAUAUUUUGAUAAUGUAAUUUUAUAAAAACUAUUAUUAAUAACUGAUGUCAAGUUAUUCCAUAAUUUGUGAGAGAAAGUUAUUGCAUCAUGACAAAGCCUUGGUGAGGAAGCCAUAUUUAACUGAAUUACUCAUUAAUCUUAAAUUCUCAAGUGAUUGUUUGGAUUUUAGUGCCAUGGCCAAAGGCAAUCUGGAUCAGAGAAAGGAAGUUGAAACAUCACAUGGUCAGUCUUUCCAAUGUUCCUUCUGAAUUGCACUCUCUCACUCUCCCCUACUUCCGGUGAAACCUACUUUGUACCACAUACUUUAGCCAGGUCAGGUAGGGCUAGCAUUUUCCUCAAAUUCACUGUUAUUGUAUAAUCCUACCCAGAGGGGAAAUACACUUAUGCACAGAGCAGUGCUUGCCUGAGAAUUUUAAAAGAGUAAAUCAUUUAGUCUGGUUUGUUUGUGUUAAUAGCAUCAAUCAUCUUUGAGCCUCAGAUGUGCCACCUAAUGGUCUGAUCAGAAAAAUCAUUUAGAAAAUGGCUUUUACAGUUGACUCAAUUAUACAGUUGUUUAAAUGACCAAUUCAAUACUUCAAUGCAGAGAUGCGAUCUGUACCAUUUAAGCAUGGACAUCAUGUGGGUGGGGAGGGGUUUCUGUGAAAAUGAACACUGCACAUUUGUAUAAAGUUUAUUUUUCAAUCUGUUUUGUAGAAGUUCAGUUGUUGCAUGUCUUGUACUCAGCAUUUCUUGGAUUGCAACAUUGUCAUAAUGCUACACUUGGAAAAAAAAGUAGUGUUAACUCAGGUCUUGUUGAAUCCUUGUAAAAUGAAAAAUAAAAGUUAUUGUACUGAAAUGUGAGCUAAUUCCCUCUAUUAUAAGAAAAACUGUCCAUUUUUUUUGAGUUCUGUGAAUAUUUGUAAAGUUUUCAUGCAUUUCUAUUUGUGGUUAACUACAAUUUCAGUGUAGUAUUCAUCUACAUGAAACCAGAGAGUAUAAUUAAAUGGGGCCACUAGUACAUUGCUGCUCUGUUUCUCCCAUUUUACCUCUCUUUGUAUUGUGUUUUUCACAGGUCCACGUGGAUACAAAAAGUAUAAUCGGCCCUAAUAAACUUUGAUGUAUUCAGACACAAUAAUCAAAAAUUGUGUACCAAAACCUGUAACAUUGAUAUUAAUAUAAAAAAAUUCUUCUUGUGCAUAUCUGAUUACGUCAAUAUUAAUCACAGUGCCACUACAUCUUUCCUUUAGCCCAAAAGCAGUGAUAAGAUGUACUAACAUUACACUCAGACAAUGUAUUUCUGUUAAGAUGUUCUGAGAAACUGCACAAUUAUUUUUAAAAGCUAACUUGUAGACAGUCAAAUCUGGAAUCCUCGAUAAUGUGAACUAGGAAAGGGAGUAAAUAGUUUUUUGCUGCACAGCAUAACUAAUCUGAGGAGAAUCUAUGGCAUGGUGAGAAACACAGCAAAUUUUUAACACUGUAAA